UUCCAGGACCGGAGCUUGGCCGUGCUCCAUAUGAAAACAAAUAUGGGAGACGUAGCAGUGAUAAAAUUAAUUACUUCUUUUCUUCUUAUGGUUAUGAACAAAAUUUAACACAUAAAAAUUAAAAUUUUGAUGCUUCAAGUUAUUAAUAGAAGUUUUCAUGAUGAACACAAAACACCAAAACUUUACUCAUGUUAACAGUAAGAAUUAUUACUACCGCCGGGACAGUUUUGAUAGCGAGUGUUCAUCUUUGGGAAGGAGUCCAAGUUUUUGCUCCACGUGUUCUUCUGGUGCUUAUAAUACAGAUUCGGAGGAGGAAGAUGCUUCAACUCGUUGGCCAUGGAUAGAACAUAUUCAAGACAACGGCGAUCUUGUUUAUAUACAGUCGCAGAAUGAAAGUCAAAUUCCAAGAAAUUAUAAAGACCGUGUCCGAACUAUUGUUCAUAAUGAAAAUAAAGAAAAACGUAUCCAAGAAAAAAUAAAAAGUGUAAUAAAAAAAUCCAGAUCAUUUUCAAAGAAAGAUUACAUAAACAGAAUUAAUAAUAGUGAUAAUAAUGAAAAGAAUAAAGUGCACCAUCACCAUUCACAUCAUAACAAGAAAAAGCCAAACCAAACAGACAUUCAGAAAGCACAGGAUUUCAAAAGUGUACAUAUGGAUACAAAAAUUUCAGACACUACAAAUUUAAUAUGCAAGAAUGUUGCUGUUACUCUAAAUGCACCAAUUGAAGCAAAUUAUGUCACUCUUGAAAAUGUUUUAGGUGUUAUUACUGGACUAGAUAUGGAUCCAGUAUUAGAUGACUUUGAUAAUGACAUUAUGUUUAGUGGCAUUCCUGGUUUUAAACAAAAUGCUAACUCGAUUAUCAUACAGGGUAUCAUUCCUAAUAGUCCUAUCGAUAGAUGUCAAAAUAUAUCCAUUGGGGAUAUUAUUCUUGCUAUUAAUGGUCUAGAAGUUAACCAUUCAAGUAUAAAUCAAGUCCUACUAAAGGUCAAUGGAGAUUCUGAGGUAAUUAUCACUAUUGAACGUCUAGUCACAAGAAUAAUAUCAAAUAAUAAAAGUCAGUUAUGUUCCAUUAUAUCAAAUACGAUAACCGACCAUGAAGAAAUGGUUUUCGAUGCGUUUAAUGAAAUAUGCUGUGUUGCUUAUCUUACGUUGUCAGGGACUGAAGAUAAAGCUGAAAGUGAUAUAAUAUUUUGGUAUCCUGAAAGUGAUUGCAUCAAAAAAUUAAAAGGUGUUCGUGGUAUUUUCUUAACUUUAAGUGAUAUCAUGGUCAAUGUCACUGGAACGAACAUACAAAGUUCUGUGCUGGUCAUAGAUGAACAAGUCAUAAAUGUUCGUUAUAAGAGCGUUGAAGACAAUGUAUUUUUAGUUUCACUUCCACAGGAGAAAUGUUCGUCACUUAAACUUGAUUAUUGUAUAAACGAAUUGCUACAUCUCUUAAUUUUAAUGUAUGGUAGUGUUAAAAGAGCAUUUCAGACAGAAAACAUUUCAUCAUCUAAACACAUUAUUUCCAUGUUUGUUGAUCACUUACUACAAAAUUAUGAGGACUUUAUGACAGGUGUUCGUCAGCUGCAACUUCCUACAAGUCAUUACGUGGAUAUCAGCAACGUGUUGUGUGAUGCAGAGGCUGCAGAUUAUGGGGAAUGUAUUGAUGAUUUCUUUCCUCACAGAAGGCUAUAUGGUACAAUAGGAACAUGCUUAUUUUAUCAGGACACACUGGUAUGCAAUCAUUUGUGUGAUGAAAAUUUAAGGGAUAUUGUAAACUUUUGCAAAUAUCAUUGGUUAUUCUUAAUUGCAAAGAAAGAAAAAUUGAGACAGAUUGUGAUCUGGAAGGAGAUAUUCUUGACUGCAAAAAAAGCACAAAUAAAAUCAGAUUUCAAAAAACCAACCGGUGUGAGAUGGUUUGUUCUCGUUGUUGGAAAGGGUAAAAGUCUUCUGUGCUCUUUACUUGAAGCUGGAGGAGUUGCGUCAGUUCCGGAGGGUAAUCCAGGUCCUCAUCCGUAUUAUGUGGAUACUGCAUGGUCAAUUCUCACAUACCUAAUCGAAAGUCUGGACUUCGAGGUGAUUAGUCAGACGAGGCUUGAAGGAGGAUCUUCCCCAGCUGUUGUCAACCCUUUAGAAGCAAUUUAUCCUAAGGUAUCACAAAGUCCACGUGCGUUAGAAUUAAUUAAACGUAAAGUUCCUGCACAUAUGGACUUGCCGUCAUCAGACGCUAAUAGCAGUACACAUUAUCAUCAGCAACAUGCUUCAUUUGACGUUUCGCUGGAUGUUAGUCACGCAAGCACUGGGAGAAGAGAUUCAAUUGGUUCAUCAGCGUCCAGUGGAAGCAUAUUUACGAACAAUAUAGUUUUGCCUCCGAGUAACGAAUUUAAAAUGAAAUCGUUAAGUUUUUCCUCAGCAACAGAAAUAUCACUUACGUCAGCACUUUCUACGAAGUUAACUACAGGCAUGAACAAUACCCUGUUUUACUUCACAACAUUAAAAAAUCAUUCUGGAGUUCUUAUUUGCCCGAAUAUAUCUCAAUCAACUGACGCUCUUACCAACGAGAUAAUCUCAUCGUUUCAAUCAUCGUGUGAGAAAAUUCAUGAACUGUUUUUACCGAAACAGUGCUCCGCUCGCCAGCUUGAGUAUGGUUUGCUAUUUCGCGUUCGACCAACGAAAGGCGCAGAAAUGAAAAAGGGAUCACCAAGUGUAAAAUACUGGGUUGUGGGGCGUAUUGUGAAGAAAGGGUCGAGCGAAGAGGAGGUGUAUGUAUGUUUUCAAGAUGGUGUCGCUCAGAAUAUUAUUGAAAUGGCUUUCAAAAUGAGAUAUGGUUGUUACUACUAACCUAGGUUUCUUGAAGGCUUUUUUAUGACCAGCACAUUUUCAUUUGAUACGUCAGUAACAUUCGUUUAAUUUUCUUUUUCAGUUUUCAGUUCAACGAUUUUUUAUUGUUUCUAUUGUUUUUAUUGGUUUGAUCGGGAAUAGGGAAUUAUUUUUUUACCAUACCUUUGAUGUGAAAUAGUUUUAUUUUUUUUAAUUUUGUACAUAUUUGACAAUAUUAUUUAUUUUUGACAAAAGAAUAUAAUUAUUAUUAGUUUGUAUCUAGUA